AUGGACAAUAGACCAGUCUUGGACCAGAAACCCACAGUAGACAAAUUGGGAGACAGAUCCACAGCUCAUGCAAAUGUUGCCCAUGAAACGUUCACUUGCAAGGAUGCUCCAGUCGAGAACCAACGUCCUCUCAAGGUCCGCGUAAUCGGCGCUGGAUAUUCAGGCGUCUACCUCGGCAUCAGAAUCCCGCAGCGUCUGCGCAACAUUGAUCUCAAGAUCUACGAGAAGAAUGAAGGUGUCGGCGGAACGUGGUGGGAGAAUCGGUAUCCAGGUUGUGCCUGCGAUAUCCCAUCCCAUUCUUACCAGUACACCUUUGCCCCGAACAAGGCUUGGUCAGGCUUUUAUGCCCCUUCACACGAGAUCUGCGCCUACAUCGACGACGUGGCGGAGAAGUACGGUGCCAAGCGCUUCAUCCAUCUCGGACACAGAGUAACCAGCGCAACCUGGAAUGAUACGGCCAAGAAAUGGCACGUCACAGUUGAGACCAACGCAGGGGAGAGCUUCGCCGAAGAAGUAGAUGUCGUCGUGGCUGCCAGAGGUAACCUCAACACAAUCUCCUGGCCUGACAUCCCUGGCUUUGAUACCUUUAAGGGGAAGAAGAUGCACUCAGCAGCCUGGGACCAGGACUAUGACUUCAAGAACAAGAAUAUUGGUGUUAUUGGUGGUGGGUCCAGCUCAAUCCAGAUCGUGCCAGAGCUGCAAAAGGUUGAGGGCGCCAAGUUGAGUUGUUUUGUACGCAGUAAGGUCUGGAUAUCGAACCGCUUUGGCGAUGUGACGAUGAAGCAACUGGGAUGGGAUCCUUCUGAUAUCGAAUUCUCGGCCGAUCGUUUGGCAGAAUUUGUCAAGAGUGACGAUGAAUAUCUCCGCUUUCGCAAGCGUAUCGAGGACGACGGCAACUUGGUUCAUCUUUCAACUCUCCGAGGCUCAGAGAUGCAGAAAGAGUUCGUGUCCAUGUUCUCAAGGAUCACCAAUGAUGUUCUUGGUUCACGACCCGAUCUUCUCGAAUCGUUCUCCCCAACUUUUGGUGUUGGAUGUCGUCGUUUGACACCAGGACCUGGUUAUCUGGAAGCUCUGUCUCAGCCUAACGUCAAUUUCAUCACUCAAGGUAUCGAAAGUAUCAACGAGAGGGGCCUGAAGCUCACAGGGCCUGAAGGUCGACAGAUUGACGUCGAUGUGUUGGUCUGCGCAACGGGUUUCCAGACUAACUACACCCCUCCCUUCCCUGUUAUCGGUAAACAAAGAGUAACAUUGAAGGACAAGUUUAACCCGUUCCCUGCGACAUAUCUCACUAUGGCGGUGGAUGGUUUCCCAAACUACUUCAUGAUGCUCGGACCCAACUCAGCCAUUGGCGCCGGCUCAUUGACAUGUCUUCUUGAAGCAGAGGGAGAUUACAUCGUCAAGUGCAUUCGAAAGCUGCAGAAGGAAGACUACGCAACCAUGACGCCCAAAGCAACCCGCGUCCAAGAUUUUGCAGACUACAUUGGAGAGUACUUCAAGAAGACAGUCUACAUGGAUGACUGUAAGUCGUGGUAUAAGAUCGGAGGCGGAUAUGGCGACAAGAUCUCGGCUCUUUGGCCCGGAAGUGUCAUGCAUGCACUAGAGACGUUGAGGGCGCCGAGAUGGGAAGACUUUGAGUUUGAGGAAAUGCAUGAGAAUAGACUUCGGUGGUUGGGCAAUGGCUGGAGCAUGUGUGUCAUGGAGGAAGAAGAGCAGGGCGAUCCGAGUUGGUACGUCAACCCGGAUAUAGUGGAUGUGCCACCCGAAGGGAAACCAGAGAGGGAUCCUAAGUAUCUAGCCAGACCUUUCUCAUACUGA